UCACAAGAAUCUUCUUGCGCAAUCAGCAUACGAGGAGAUGAAGAAGUGGAGGAUCGAGCAAGAAGAAUCAGACGAGCAAUUGUAGCAAUCGAAGCUGAAUUAGGCACCCUUGAAAAUUCCUUGGAGAAAUAUGCCAAAGCUGCCGACAGCCUGGACGCGGAAACACUCAAUUCGUCGUCGGAAAUUUCACAAAGGAUUGGCACCAACAUCGAAGCAGCGCAGGAACUGCUUGGCCAAGCGCAAAAUGCGCUCACAAAUCUAACAUCACUCGUUGCUCAUUUGAAGAGGAAAUACGGAGACACCCAAGCCCUAGUGGAUCGACUCUUGAGUAAACUUCAAUCAGCGAAAGCCAACAGCGACAGUCUAGAAGACCAGGAAACCCUUUGCGAGCAACUCCUCUCCAUUACAUCACAACUUGAUCUUCACGGGGAGCAUAUCGACAAUACGUUUCUACAAAGAGAGCUGCUUGGGAAAUUCUCCAUAGACGUCCAACGACAGAUCCUUCGGCAGAAACCAAAGUGGAAAGUCACAGCUCCAACAACAAGAGGAAGCGAGAAACGAGUGGGAUGGAGGAAAGAAAGCUUCCACUCAGCAGAAACUAGCGAAAAUCAACUAGCACCCUGCUUUUAUUGCGGAAAAACAGGGCAUCCAGCGAAGAACUGCACUGAGAUACCAUCACUGGACCAACGUCUUGAAAUCAUAAAGACUCAAAAGCUCUGCCGUAAUUGCGGACAAAAGGACCACACAGCAGCAAAAUGUAACCAAAGGGGCUUGUAG